AUGAGUGGUAUGAUGAGUGAUAUGACAGAAAGUAGCAUGAUAGAAAUUGCUCUUCCUGAUUUUAAAACUGAUUUAAAUUUAACUGUCACUCAAGCUGUUGAGUCUCAUCAUCCUCCGCAUAUCCAUAGUCUUGAUGUGGAAUGUAGUAAGACAAUGAUGACGAUCCAUAUUGAAUUCAAUCGCGCUUUCAACGGCAUUAUUUAUUCUAAAGGAUAUUAUGCGAAUUCGGAAUGUAUAUACGUAAAAGAGAAUUCCGGCUUAAUACAAUAUUCUUUUACUGUAAAUUUAGACUCUUGCGGAACUCAAUUCAUUAAUGAUUUCAAAGGUGCGACUGGACAAGCAUAUUUGGAAACCGUCCUUGUAUUACAAAAUGAAUCAGGUAUACAAGAAGUAUGGGAUGUAAUUCGAAGAAUACGAUGUCUUUGGGAAGGAAACAUUAAUAAAGCUUUAAUGGUGAAUCUCUCAAUAGAUAUGUUGAACCAGGAGAUCGUUACUUUUAGUGGCGAUACUGCAACAGUCAAAUUAGAUAUUCAAAUCGGUAAAGGACCUUUUGCACCUACAGUCGAUGGUCUCGUAAAGCUUGGAGAAACUAUGACCUUAGUAGUUUCUGUAAAGGAUCCUGGUUUCGAUCUUCAGGUGCGUGACUGUUUGGCGCGAGACGAAGCCUCAACCAAUAUGUUGCAGCUCACCGACGAAAGAGGCUGCAUUCUGAAACCGAAACUGUUUAGUGCCUUUCAAAAGACAAAUAAUACGGGCAAUACGGGCGCUUCUAUUAUCGCUUAUGCGUUCUUUCAAGCCUUCAAAUUUCCUGAUGUUAUGGAUUUAUUUAUCGAAUGUAAUGUCGAAUUAUGUAAAAUUAAUUGCGAUCCUUGUCCAGACACAAAUCAAGUACAAAAAUUAAUUUAA